CUUUCUCUCUUUUAAAGUAAGGCAAAAAAAAAACUGAGAGUUUUGUAACUCUUAAAUCAUUUAUUAUUAUUAUUUGAGAAAAAAAGAAGAAGAGAAAAAUAGUUAGUAAGAAAGUGAGAGUAGAUAUAUUUUUGAAGAAAUUAAAAUCAUGGGGUGUUUUCCUUGUUCUGGAGAUGGAGAUACAUCAGUGAAGAAACCAGAGAAAAAGAUAUUUCAAACAAGUAGUAAUCAUAAAUACAAAAGGGUUGAACAGCCACAGCCUAAACAAGUAGUUACACCGGUGGCUAGUCAAUUUAAAGUUGUGAAGAAUGAAGAGGGUAAAAUUGCAAAUCGAUCUAUGUCUAAGAAAGAAGGGGGUUAUAGUAACAUCCCUCCCACAGAUGGGAAAACAGGUGGUGCUAAGGCACAGAGGUUUAAAUUCGAUCAAUUAAUAGCUGCAACAGAAGAUUUCAAGGAAGAUUACUUCUUGGGAGAAGGAGGUUUUGGCAAAGUAUAUAAAGGUCAUUUGGUGGAUACUGGUGAGAUUGUAGCCAUCAAACAACUUGAUCCAAAUGGAUGCCAAGGAGUUAGGGAAUUUGUUGUUGAGGUACAGACACUAAGUAAGGCUGACCAUGCUAAUCUUGUUAAACUAAUUGGUUGUUGUGCUGAGGGAGAUCAGAGGCUAUUAGUCUAUGAGUAUAUGUCUCUUGGUUCGUUGGAAGACCAUUUGUUUGACCCCUGGCCAAAUCAAAAACCUCUUGAUUGGAACAUUAGAAUGAAGAUAGCUGCAGGUGCCGCAAGGGGCCUGGAAUAUUUACAUGACAAGAUGAAUCCUCCAAUUAUUUACCGUGAUCUGAAAUGCUCCAAUAUUCUACUUGGUAAGGAGUUCCACCCUAAGUUAUCUGAUUUUGGCUUGGCUAAAGUAGGUCCUAGUGGAGACAAGACCCAUGUUUCCACCAGAGUGAUGGGCACAUAUGGAUACUGUGCACCAGAUUAUGCUAUGACUGGCCAACUGACAUUCAAGUCAGAUAUCUACAGCUUUGGGGUUGUUCUUCUGGAGAUAAUCACAGGCAGGAGAGCGAUUGACUAUACAAAAUCUGCUGCGGAGCAAAACCUGGUUUCUUGGGCAAGACCAUUAUUCAAAGACAGGAAAAAAUUCUACAAAAUGGCAGAUCCAGCACUUGAUGGUCACUAUCCAAUAAGGAGCUUAUACCAAGCUCUUGCAAUUGCUGCAAUGUGUGUCCAGGAGCAACCUAAUAUGCGUCCUCCAAUUGUUGAUAUCGUCACUGCUUUGAGCUACCUUGCCUCCUUAAAGUAUGACCCUGAAAUCGAGCCUCCUAUCCGGAAGUCAUACAAAAGUCAAUCUCCUCAGAAAUCUAUAAACAAUGAAGAAACCUGGUAAUGUGGUGAUGGAAAUGAUACAACAAAGCUUGAGGACUAAAAUAAGAACUGAAACACACACAAAUAGAAGUGGUUGUCAACUUUUUUGUGUCAUAUGUAAACUAAAGAUGCCGCUUUAAAAUCAUAGAUUGGACAUAAUAAAACAA